CGGUUGCUUACAGAUGAUGAGAGUUUCAGAGUGAUUCCAAUUAUGGGUAUGCAAGGCAUCGGAAAGACAACCCUAGCAAAUUUGAUCUUUAACCAUAAAGCUGUUGUGGAUCAUUUCCCCUUUGCUGUUAGGAGGUCAGAUGGCUGUCGACUUCAGCUUCGUAACAAGGAAGAAUUGAUGGAGUCCGAUCUAAGUCAAUUGGGAGAUGUGUGGAGUUAUGAUGACGAGAUGCAACGGCUGAAAGCUUUCUUGAUUAAUAACAGGUCUCUCAUAGUUCUAGAUGAUUCGCAUCUCUUGUACGACAUGAUAGAAGUGCUUCCAGAUACAUUAAAUGGCAGUAGAAUGAUUUUGACUACUUGCGAAACAAGGCUACCUCCAAAUCUCAAAAUGAAGAGUGAUCCUCACCAACUGCGGUUACGGACAGAUGAGGAGAGUUGGGCAUUGUUUACCCAUGCUUUGAAAUUUAGCAUACCCCCAGAAUUGCUAAAGCUGAAAGACGAAAUUGCAAAAAGAUGUGGGGGGCUGCCACUGCUGAUUGUAAAAUUGGGGGAAGCACUCUCACACAAGGAUGCAACCAUUGAGGAGUGGUCCACUGCACUUCAACAAUUUCAUCAUGACCAACAGCAACUUUGGCCCAAUACCAUCUACAAGAUCCAUAAGGAUUUGUCCUUGUACAUGAGGAGAUGUCUAUUUUAUUUCACUCUAUUUCCUCAAGAUUUUGAUAUUCCGGCAAGAAGAUUGAUAACAUUGUGGGUUGCAGAGGACUUGGUACAGCCAGAGGGCGAGAAUGAAACUCCAGAAGAUGUUGCAGAAAGGUGUUUGAAUUUCUUGAUAGCCCAGGGAAUGGUUCAAGUGACAAAGAAGAAGCUUAAUGGGAAUGUUAAAAUGGUGCGAUUGCCCGAUGCCCUAAGACAAUAUUGGUCAUCCAAAGCUCAACAAGCCACAUUUCUUGGAGUUCAUACUAACACAAGAUCUGACUUGUCCCUAGGCACCAAUAAGAUCCGUCGUCUGGUUGAUCAUCUUGAUAAAGAAGAUAUCAGCUUUGACCAUAUUCAUGGUAAUCACAGCACAACUUCUAGUACUUCUUUGACACCUUAUUACGAAGAUGUACUUUCUUUUCUGUCCUUUGAUACUCGAAAAGAAAGCAAACCAGGAGAAGAAGUGAGAAACUUUCUUCGUCAAAGCAUAUCCAGUGGUUGCUUCCUAGUACUGCUCGUGCUUGAUCUCGAUAAUGUAUUCAGACCAAAGUUACCUGAGGCAAUGGGCAAACUAACUCGACUAAGGUACCUUGGCUUAAGAUCUACAUUCCUCGAGAUACUUCCAUCAUCUAUAAGCAAGUUGCAGAAUGUUCAAACACUGGACAUGAAGCAUACUUGCAUCAACGCUCUUCCUUAUUCAAUCUGGAAGCUACAACAAUUGCGACACUUACACUUGAGUGAGAGUUGUCGAAGUAAACUUAUGCUUCAACAUGAUACAAAUAUUCCUACUAUCCUCCAAACAUUGUGUGGGCUUCUUGUAGAUGAGGAGACUCCCGUAAGAGAUGGCCUAGACAGGUUACUCGAUAUUAGGAAAUUGGGAUUGACAGUAUCAUCUAAACAAGAGGCAAUAACAUUGCAACUGCAGGCAGUAGUUGACUGGGUUCUAAAACUGAACCAACUCCGGUCUUUAAGGCUCAAAUCUAUUGAUGAAAGCAAUCAGCCAUGGGAUCUAGAGUUGAAGCCUUUAGUAAGCCUUGUGAAUCUUUCUUACAUUUACUUACUCGGACAGUUAAGGAAUCCAUCCAUUAUGUCCCAAUUCCCAUACAGCCUCAUCGACCUCACCUUAUCAGGGUCAGGACUUGUAGAAGAUCCAAUGCAGUCACUGGAUAAGCUUCCCAACCUUAGAAGUCUUAAAUUGCUUGCCAAAUCUUAUUUAGGGAAGAACAUGCUUUGCUCUUUAGGAGGCUUUCCUCAGCUUCGAGUUCUUAAACUAUGGAAGUUAGAGCAACUGGAGGAAUGGAAUGUAGAGAAAGGAGCACUACGAGCUCUUCGAGAUUUGGAGAUUAGGUUCUGCAGAAGUCUGAAAAUUAUUCCUGCAGAAUUGCUACAUAGAACUCUCUUGAAAAUUGAAAUUAUAUCUACCCAGGUGUGAGAAGCUAAGCGAGAAGGUUCUGGUCUACUUCUUCGUGUUGGGCUUUGCUUUCCAUUUCAAUGUUUUUGCUGUUGGAGCAGAUAUUCAAAUACUCAUGAGGGCAGUUCUCAGUUGCAACAAUUUAUAGAGCUCAUUUUUUUGAAUUGGGUUUCCAUCCCUUCUGCUCAUUAUUCUGUUCUACCAUUGAUGCUAUGUUCUUGUCUUUCAAACCUUAAAUGCAUACUGUAUUGUACUUGUUAGUAGAUUCUAUAACUAGUGUUUGUGAACUGUAGAAUCAGGGCAUCAUGAACACAAUGGGGUUGUGGGUGUGAAUGUUAUAGAAUUUUGCUUUGUGAUUGUAUUUGGAUUGAAUUGAGUAUUUUUUUUUUCUUGUGGUUUGGGUAUUUGAAACAGGGCAAUUUACAAAAUCCAAACCCAGUUGAAUGUAAAGCCAGAAAGUUGCUGCCAGACAAUAUGUUGUAUCUUCUGGUCAUGUGCCCCUUCAUGCUCCCUGCUGGUACAGGACAGAUCAGAUUUCAAGACAGAUUCGCCAAGGCCAUACAGUUUUUUAAGCACAACAAGGGCAUGGAAGGAAGAAGGCUUGCCAAAGGUUACGUACCCCAUCAGCACUCAAGUUCUAACUCUGCAAGUGAAAGGAGACAAAAGCAAGCAUGUGCUAUUCGAUGCCUGUAGACUCGCUAAGUCCCUACAACUCCUGGGGACAUGUGAGAAAUGGAGUCCAGAACAGAAAUGGUAUAUGAUAUGUGAUGUGUGGGUGGAGAUGCUGUGUUAUGCUGCAAGUCAGUGUCAAUGGAAUCUCCAUGCCAACUUGCCAAGCAGCUGAGACGAGGGGGAGAGCUGCUCACCCAUGUAUGGCUUCUGAUGGCUCCUUUU